CGUCUUUUAUUUCUUCACCAGAUAAUACACACUCUAUAAUUCUCAUCUUAUCAACUCAUUUCCUCUCAGUUUCUUCUUCUUCUUUUUCUAUUAGCAAUGGAGGAAGCAAUGGCUGCUACGUGGUCGGACGGCUCAGAGGAAGAGCUGGUGAGGGAGCUUCUGGACAAUGAGUCACCGUUCUUUGUGCUACCGGAGGAAUAUGUGCAGUCCCAAACGACUAGUGCUUUCAGCAAAGAGGCUAUCAACCGGUUUAUCCCUAACGUCUAUUCUGGUCCGACAAUCCAAGAUAUUGAGACUGCUUUGUCUGUCACAACGGGAACAGUCCAGCCCCAAGAACUUUCAAAUGCCAGGCUGUCAUUGCCAGAAGGGGGUCUGAGUAAGGUUGAGCAUAAGUAUACUCUGAAGAUCAAAAGCUGUGGAAAUGGAAUAAUGGCUGAUGAUGGUUAUAAAUGGAGGAAAUAUGGCCAAAAAUCCAUUAAGAAUAGCCCAAAUCCUAGAAGCUACUACAGGUGCACAAAUCCAAGAUGCAGUGCUAAAAAGCAAGUAGAGAGGUCCAGUGAGGACCCAGACACGCUCAUCAUCACCUAUGAAGGGCUCCAUUUACACUUCGCAUAUCCAUUUUUUGACUUUAACAACCAGGCCCAAAACUCCAGCCCGUCGAUGAAGAAGCCCAAGAAGAAAACCUCGGAGCCCCAAGCCGAAGACCAAGACCGAGAAGCCCAAGAAAGUCUGCGAAGCGUUACUCCCGAUCCAGUUCCGGAUCUGCCGCCCGGCCCAUCUCCGGACCGGCAUCAAGAGUUUGUGGAAGAAGAGAGAAGCUCACAAGGAUUGCUUCAAGAUAUGGUGCCAUUCAUGAUUAGGAACCCUAAACCAUCAAGUGCUUCUUCAAACUCUACAUGUUCCUCUUCUCGUUCAUCUCCAACCUCUUCUUCUUGUCUAUCAUGGGUUUCUUCCUAUUUUGACGUGGGCAUGAAUCAUAGUUUUGGAUGAAUCCAUAAACGUAAACUAUACAAUGUUGAACAAUAACGAUAUGUAUGCUAAAAAUUGCGAUGUAGAUUUUAUCGUCAGUAUAAGGAGAAAGGUGGUUUU